ACGAGCGCAAACAGAAAACACAGACAAUGAGGAAAAGCAAUUUGGUUAGUUCAUAGCUCAGGUUGCUACUGUGUUUAUUGACCCCAACUUCUACUUUAACACAGUUACUGUACUGUUGAUCCUCAUCAGUCUCCUCUGUAUACCCCUCACAAAGUGUAACUCCUUGAGACAAUCUAUGUCUGACUCAGAGGGGGAUUUCAGUCGUCUAUUCCAUGAUUCCUACUCCGACAACUUUGACGACGAUGACGCCAGUGGGUCCAGCAAAGUGGCUCUGAGGAACUAUGUUGAUGCUCAGUUCUAUGGAGAGAUUAGUUUAGGAACCCCACCUCAAAUGUUCAGGGUGACCUUUGACACUGGAUCCAACAAUCUCUGGGUGCCCUCUUCCAAGUGCUCCGUCGCUGACAUCACAUGCUUGAUUCACCGGAAAUACAAUGAUACCAAGUCCAGCACAUAUGUCAAGGGUGGAAGAAAGUUUUCAAUUCAUUAUGGACUGGGAAGUGUAACUGGGUACCUCAGCCAGGAUACGUGCACAAUUGGAAGUGUAUCCAUAAAAGAUCAGGUGUUUGGUGAGGCCGUCAAGAUAUAUGGAGCGAACUUCGUUGGUGCUAAGUUCGAUGGAGUUCUGGGAAUGUCUUACCCAACAGAUGAUGCCAUGAGCCCUGUCUUUGACAACAUAAUGAAAGAGAAGCUGUUGGCAGAGAAUGUUUUCUCCUUCUACCUCAACCACAGGAUCUCCUCCAACCAGUCAGGGGGACAGCUACUGCUGGGAGGGACUGACCCUGCAUACUACACUGGGGACUUCCACUAUGCCAACGUCACCACAAAGGACCUCUGGAACAUCCACAUGGACGGUUUGAGCAUUGGAGAGGAUGUCAAGCUGUGUAAAGGUGGCUGUGAGGCCAUGGUGGACACUGGCACCUCCCUGAUCCUAGGUCCCUAUGAUGAGAUCAGUGCUCUGCAGAAGGCUGUAGGAGCUGUGCCCUGGAACCGUGGAAAGUACACGGUUGACUGUGAGAAAGUGUCCUCCCUCCCCAGUGUCUCCUUCACUGUCAGUGGAAAGAUCUACCCUCUGAACGGAGAACAGUAUAUUCUCAGGUGGACUACGAAGGGAAAGAAAGUCUGCCUUUUAGGAUUUUUCCCCUCAGGCUUCCCUGGCUGGACCCUGGGAGAUAUCUUCAUUGGAGCUUACUACACAGUCUUUGACCGGGACAACGAUAGGGUGGGAUUUGCCAAAGCAAUAUAAGAGGAAGGGAAAGUGGAUACCUCUUCAGUUGCACAACUGAAUACAUUCAACCGAAAUGUGUCUUCUGCAUCCGCAUUUAAACCAAACCUUCUAGAUAGUGAAAUAAUGGUGAAAAGAGUGUAACGCUAAAACACCUGAUGGUAUAAAAUACAGUAUAUACAAAUGGGAUGAGUAAUGCAAGAUAUGUAAACAUCAUUAAAGUGGCAUCAUUAAUGUGACAAGUGACACGUGAUUUCAAGUCUGUAUGUUGGCAGCAGCCUCUCUGUGUUAGUGGUGGCUGUUUAACAGUCGGAUGCCUUUGAGAUAGAAGCUAUUUUUCAGUCUCUCGUGCUUUCAUAGAUUUAAAAUGAUUAUUUUAGAAUAACAAACUUGGUAAAAAUUAUAUUUGUCCUUGAAAAGGAGGAUAAGCAGACAAGUAUCAUAACUAAUUUUCACAGCAUUCAGUCUUGUUUGUUUUAUGAGUAAGUGGGUGCAUGUUUCUGUCAUUUCCUGGUUAAUCUCCCUAUUUAAUCAUCACCUCUAUUUGAUAUUUUUGUGUGUAAAGAGAUGAAUGAAUCAAAUAAAGACUU